AAUCAAUCAGCCCGCCCCCUCGAUACUAGACGUUGCCUUGCUUUACACCGCGAAAUCGCACAUCCUUCCCCCAUAUCCCGUAUCCCAGCAUGUGUGACACUAGAUCUUGAUUUUCGAUCCCUCACCAAACAACCCCUCCAUUUUCCCAAUCCCACUUCGAUCUGCCGCCGUGUCCAUUUCCUCCAGGUCCCCCAAAGCAUCCCACUUUCUUGAUCAGAUCCUCCCACCCCGCCCCGCCGAGAAUUCACUGCCGACUUUCAGCAACUGCCUUUUUUCCCGUUUGCUCAUUCUCGCCCCGCCACUCUUAAAUCUCCAACAUCACUCGGAGCCACGACCGAACAAAAGAAACCUUAUCCUCCAACAACAGCCACCGCGAAACCCCCCGAACCGAAUCGAAAUCCGCCCAUCAUGCCCGGCCCCGUAGAUCCCACCACUCCGACAGAACCCUCGUCGCCGAAGCACUCUCCGCGCAUCGAGCUCCCUGAAGAAGACGCCAGCGCCUCCCCGCGGACGGACGGCCAGACCAGCCCAGGCCUAAGGAACAGCAAAGGAUGGGACGGCAAGCUCAGGGUCCAGCGCACCGCUGUUCUCGCCAACCCCGAGAUUCUCUCCGAUCCGGAAUCAGACGACGAGAACGUCCUUCCGGGCGAAGAACUACCCGCUGACGAAGAUCUCCUCGACGGCGAAGACCCAGAAACAGACGAACUCAUCGUCUCCCACGCCCGCGUCUCCUCCAUCCCCGCCCUACGCCUCGAACGCUUUCAAAAAGUCGUCCGCCUCUGCCUCCGCCAGAAUUCGAUCCAGUCCAUCGACGGCCUCGCCGCCCUCGCGCCCACCCUCGAGGACCUCGACUUUUACGACAACCUCAUCUCCCACAUCCGUGGCCUCGACGACCUCGUCAACCUCACCUCCCUCGACCUUAGUUUCAACAAGAUCAAGCACAUCAAGCGCGUAAACCACCUGACCAAACUCAAAGAGCUCUUCCUCGUCGCCAACAAGAUUUCCACAAUCGAAAACCUCGAGGGUCUGGAUAACCUCACCUCCCUCGAACUCGGCUCCAACCGGAUCCGCGUCCUCCAAAACCUCGAUUCUUUGAAGAAGCUCGACGAGCUCUGGGUCGCCAAGAACAAGAUCACCGAGCUCACGGGGCUAGGCGGCCUCACCAACCUCCGCCUCCUCAGCAUCCAGUCGAACCGUAUCCGCGAUCUGGCGCCCCUCGCCGAGGUGCCCGGUCUCGAGGAACUUUACAUCUCCCACAACGCCCUCACCUCCCUCGCCGGUAUCGAGAAGAACGAGAAGCUGCGCGUGCUCGACAUCUCCAACAACGCUGUCGCAAGCGUAAAGGGCCUCGCUCCCCUCAAGAACCUUGAGGAGCUCUGGGCCAGUUACAACCAGAUUGGUGACUUCAACGAGGUCGAGAAGGAGCUCAAGGACAAGGAGCACCUGACAACGGUCUACUUUGAGGGCAACCCGCUGCAGCUUAGAGGGCCCGCGGUGUAUCGCAACAAAGUCCGUCUGGCAUUGCCCCAACUAUCUCAGAUCGACGCAACCUUUGUCAAGACAUCAUGAUUUUCAGGCACAGCAUUUUUGCAUGAGACCUAUGAGGCUGGCGUGGCGUUACAAUGGCGUUUGAUUAGAGAUCUGGGUGUAAAGGCAGAAAUCAGUGGACAUAUAAGGGCCUUUCUUCACCACACGAGAUAAUUCUCGGUACACACACACACACACACACACAC